AUGGCAGAGAAAACCAACCCUGCCUAUCCCUUGGCACCAUCAAACGGUUACACAAGAAGUGAUGGAGAGUCUCAGCUGUCCGCUGAUGAGCUGAAACGCAAGAAGAGAAUCAAAUUGGCCAUAUAUAUUACUAUUUUCGUUGUGUUUCAGAUCAUAGUUAUCACCGCAAUGAGUCUCACUGUCAUGAAAGUGAAAACCCCCAGGUUCAGACUAGGCAACAUCAAUGUCGAAAGCUUCGUAUCUGACUCGGCAGCGCCUUCAUUCGACACGAAAUUCACAACCCAAAUCAAGAUCAAGAACUCAGCCAACUGGGGUUCCUACAAGUUCAGUGCUGCCAAUGUCACGUUUCAAUACCAAGGCGCGACUCUGGCAGUAAUUGAUAUCGCAAAGGGCAAGGCUGGAUGGCUUUCGACCAUAAAAAGAAAUGCGGAGGUGACUUUGAAUUCAAGUGCAAUAGAUGGUUCAAACUUUGGAAGUGAAUUGAGCAGCGGGGUCUUGACGCUCAACAGCGUAGGAAGAUUGAACGGAAAAGUUGCAAUUAUGUUCAUCAUGAAGAAGAAGAAGGCCGCCAACAUGAACUGCACCAUAGCUUUUGAUGUGAAAGCCAGGACCCUCAAAUCUUUACACUGCAAGUGA